AUGACGUCAAUUGCAGUCAUGACAUGUGUUUGGCCUCACGAGACACCCAAGUGGUCGACAGUGACCGAUGCGGGACCUAAUUGGUCAUCAAUUGACCAUUUGGUCACCAAAACAAUUGACAAUCAUGUCUUUGGACAUUGUCUUCAACUCAUAUCAACAAACAAUCAUUUAUUAUCAACUGUUGAACAGUACAUCCAAACUGAAGAAACUUUAAGUUAUUAUCUCAUCAAAAGUGUUCCCUUAUAUGUCUUCAUCGAUAAGAUUUUAAUCAACGGAUUUGUUAAAAAAGGACAUCUCUUUUGUCUUUCAAUUAAUAAAGACAUCGAUUUAGACGAUUGUUUUGCUGUUUUGCCAAAUGGACGGCUCAUCCUAUCAAUCACUGAAUCAACUUACCAUCGAUUGGGUCUAAUCGGCCGCAAGUCUAUACUUUACCGAAACAAGUGUUGUAUCAAAAAAUAUAUGAUUGAGAUCGACCUAAAGGACGACCAUUUGAUUCCCGGCACUAAACUGUUUAAGAGAACUGAUGAAUGUCUUCGUCGAUCUGGACUUGUUUUUGAUGUUUAUAUCAAAUGGCACGUCAAUGAUGAUCAAAGUCAUGAAAUAUCAUCGAUGUCUAUAAAAAACUUUUUUGAUUAUAUUAAAAAUAAUUCAAACGAUUGUAAUCUGAAGACUAUAGAGAUGUCGAGAUGUGUGCCUUCUUUAAGACAUUUUACUAAUAAAUACGUUGCUAUUCCUGUCAUUAAUGAUGAUAAUGAAGAAGAUUUACAAGUAAUUAUUGAAUGGUUUGGCGCACAGGUCUGUCAAAUAGAUUGUGACAAAUCUCAAGACAAAGAAGUUUCUUCAUUUAGUGUCAAAGAAUGUGACGAAAGACAAGACAUUUCGUGUGUUAUUUUGAAUGGAUUUUUCAAUUCAUAUGACAUUAAAGGAUUGUUAACAGAGUUGAAGACAAAACUAUACGAUACUAAAGACAAAUGUUUGAAUGGAUUUAUUGUUAACGGCUUUGAAGACACACCUAUUGCUUGGAUCGGUCACAAUAACGAACACUCAAAGAGUAGUGUCAGCGGAGAAAACAUUUACGGCAUUGGUUUGAGACAAACUUCAACUAAAACAUUAUCAUUCAUUUGGAGGAUUGCAGAUGAAUAUGACUUUGGCAUUGAAAGACUAUGACAUUAAACACAAUCAUUGGA